AUGUUCGAGACGGAGAUGCGACGCUCCAUCGCCGUUUCGGAAUCCGACGAAGCAUAUGACAAGACGUGUUUCGAGGGUCUGGAUGAGGACGUGUUGUUGCACCCUUGGAUGGCGUUCGAUUCGUUAUGCUGGGGUUCUGCGAUUGAGAGGCUACGCGCUUCGCAGCAGGCAGGAGGGUGGGACACUGUACCAUGUGCACCCGUUUUCAGCAAACCACUCCCUGAUGUCCCGGUUGAUCCAAUCGGAAGCAAGUUGCUCGGUUCUCGGCAGGUAAUACUAUCGUGCAUCUUAACGCACCUUGUGCUGACCUCGUCCUUGCACGACCCAAGUCGCGCUUUUCCAGGGACAGCUGCACACCCCCACAUCGAGUUGGAUUUCCGCGUUGCUUCGACGUGUGCAAAGUGUUCGCUGGGGCCUUCCACUUUCGUUAGCCCUUUUCAUGACUAG